UCUGGAGAUAAAUUGUACAUUAUAAAGGACCAGGAGAUACAGCCAUUUUUGUGCAGCCUCUUCUUCUUAUUCUUCCUCUUCUUAUUCUUCUUCCUCUUACCGGAGCAGCUCAAGCGCUUUUCUUAUCAAACACAUAAGGAACGAUGGAGGGUUGGGCUGGAUUUCGGGCGCUGCCAUGCUACGUGGCCUGCUCCCAGGUGCUGGGUGUGGUGUGUUUGGUGCUCACGGGUGUGUGGAUGGGACAUUAUCAUGGAGGCUACGCCUGGGACAGCUCACAGCAGCAGUUUAACGUCCACCCGCUCUGCAUGGUCAUGGGCCUCGUCUUCCUCUAUGGAGACGGCGUGUUGGUGUACCGUGUGUUCAGAAACGAGAGCAAGCGUUCGGUGAAGAUCCUCCACGCCCUGCUACACAUGAUGGCCCUCAUUAUCAGCAUUGUGGGUCUGGUAGCUGUGUUUGAUGUUCACAAUAAACACGGCUUCCCUAACAUGACCUCUCUGCAUAGCUGGUGUGGCAUGCUGACCUUUAUCCUCUUCCUCAUGCAGUGGCUGCUAGGAUUAGGCUUCUUCCUGUUUCCCUGGGCAUCAUCAGCACUACGGAGAUGGUAUCUGCCCCUGCAUGUAUUCUUUGGCCUUGUGCUCCUGGCCAUGGCGGUGGCUUCCUCGCUCAUGGGAAUCGCUGAGAAAGCCAUCUUCAGUGGACUGCCACCGUUUGCUCCUGAGGAGGUUCUGGCCAACAUGCUGGGUCUGCUGCUGGUGUGUUUUGGGGUAAUUGUGGGCUACGUGGUAACCAGAGAGGAGUUCAGACGACCACCGAACCCUGAGGAAGAGGCUCUGUCUGUUCACUUCAACACUCUGAGUGAGGACUCCAGACCCAGCACGCCUUAACACCACACCAAGACUUCAACACUCCUCCUUCCAUUUAGACUUCAGUCUCCUUAUUCCGGUUUAAACGCUCUCACUCCCUGUGUGUGUGUUCAGUAAAAUAGAAACAGGGGUCAUUGUUACGCCCGUACGGAUGAACUCGGCAGUUCAAGAACACUUGGCAGUCUCCAUGUUUUGUAUCAAAAUCAAAAGUCAGGAGAAAGAAUUGAUUUAUUUAAAAUUGCUAUAGGAUGUAGGAUUUAGGACUUUGUAUUCCCAAAGUAAGUUCCACCUUCAGUACAAAUUCAUGCCUGUGUCCCAAACUGCAUUUUAAGGACUAUAAAUUAUGACCAAAAUAGCAAAUGACAUCAUAGAAAUACUAACAUACUGUUUAUUAGGGUGGAAUGUGGUUUGGGACACGUCCCAGGUGUUCAGGACUCUGAGGAUGAUCAUUAUCUGCUGUUAUCUUCGUCCCCUCAGGAUUACAGGAGUGUUAUGGGCAUUAAAGCUUUAAUUAAAGGUUUUAAUCACCCGAUAGUUUUGAUAUGCGCUAGCACACUAGCACACUAUAAAUGCGCUAGCACACUAGCACACUAUAAAUGCGCUAGCACAGCUAGCAUGUGACCUAAAACACAGCUGCAAAUAUAAAGACUGACUUGUAGGAAAAAUACAACACACUCAACCCAACCCACACACACACACACACACACACACACACACACACACACACACACACACACACACACACACACACACACACACUAAAAGCACCUCAUACCAGCAGUAUUGACCGACUGGAAAGACACUACAGAAUCUAACAAAAUGUUUUAACUGUAUUAGGUUAAAUAAAGACACCAACAGUUUAGAGAAUAA